AUGCCGUCGAUUUGGCGGCCUAACGUUGGGAGGGUGCUCCCGGAUGUGGACGUCAAGGUCGAGGUGACGGAGGAGGACGCAUCGAAGCAGGGGACGAAGCGGAAGAGGGCCCCUCCCACGAAGGGGCCAUGCGAGCACGGGGUAAAGUGGAGGUCGCAGUGCAAGGUGUGCAGCGCUUGUCCGCACGGGAAGUGGCGCAGACAGUGUAAGGAGUGCGGCGGGUCCGGCAUCUGCGAGCACGGUCGUGUACGCUCUAAGUGCAAGGAGUGCGGUGGGGGCUCAAUCUGCGAGCACGGUCGUGAGCGUCGUUACUGCAAGGAGUGCGGUGGGUCUGGAAUCUGCGAGCACGGUCGUCAGCGCAAACAGUGCAAGGAGUGCGGUGGGGCCUCAAUCUGCGAGCACGGUCGUGAGCGCUGCAGAUGCAAGGAGUGCGGUGGGUCUCAAAUCUGCGAGCACGGUCGUAUACGCUCUCAGUGCAAGGACUGCGGUGGGUCUGGAAUCUGCGAGCACGGUCGUAUACGCUCUACAUGCAAGGAGUGCGGUGGGGCCUCAAUCUGCGAGCACGGUCGUGUACGCUCUGCGUGCAAGGAGUGCGGUGGGUCUGGAAUCUGCGAGCACGGUCGUCAGCGCCAUAGGUGCAAGGACUGCGGUGGGUCUGGAAUCUGCGAGCACGGUCGUCAGCGCCCUCAGUGCAAGGAGUGCGGUGGGUCUCAAAUCUGCGAGCACGGUCGUCGGCGCUGCAGAUGCAAGGAGUGCGGUGGGUCUCAAAUCUGCGAGCACGGUCGUAUACGCUCUCAGUGCAAGGACUGCGGUGGGUCUGGAAUCUGCGAGCACGGUCGUCGGCGCUCUACAUGCAAGGAGUGCAAAAAGAUGUGA